GGCGAUCCCGCUCUCCCUGUAUUCGACGACGAGUUCACGUUCCACGAUGACGGAGAGGUGGGGGUGGACGAGCUCUUGAUGGCACAGGCCGAAGCGGAAACUUUGGAAGUGCCUGACGCGGACGCUUGCAGCAUGCACGAUGUUGAGGACGAUGUCGGAGAGGCACAUGAAGGUCAAUAUGCUUUCAAUCAACUAAUGGCUUCGCAUAUUAUCGCCGCCACGGUGGGAGAAGCGCCUUCUGCCGGUGCGGCGGCAGCGUUCUUGAAGAGCCUCUCCCCGAAGGCGCUGGACUCCAUGGCGAAGGCGCUGUGCGCCAAGGUGGUGAGCUUCCUGCGGGUCAAGGACAGGAUGGUAUACAGCCGCCUGAGCCUGCUCCUGUCCACCCUGUACCUGGUGCUGCUGGUGAUCUCCCACCAGUGGAAGAACUUCAUGACGGAGAGUCCGUCGCUGCCGCCCUGGUCGAG